AUGUUAGAAUGGAUCUGUGAAUUGAACUUGAACUUUUCCGGCUUUUCCGUCUUGUCUGACUUCUUCACAGACUCGGAACUAGCCUUGUGCGCUUUCCCUUUCUUAAUUUUAGGCCUCGGAGGUAGAAUCCAGUUCUUAGAAGUGGUCAACACUAUCUCAUCCGAUCCCUUGUUCGCAGCCGUUGACGUGCCUUUGCUCAUCUGCACAGACUUUACCGAACUCGACGUUCCGGAAGGUUUGGGCUUGAUCGCUAUGGGGUGCAACGGCAUUCGCGUGCUGCCAGACCCCUUUGCUUCUUCAGUGCCCGAAGACUUCUCAAUAUUCUGA